CUAUGUUGUUCUACUGUACCUCCACUUCAUGCAUGGACUGCUUGCUGAUGCGUAGUGUAUUGCGUGGCUGGGUCUUACCACAGCACUCAGAGACGAGACGAGUGUCUGAUAGCCAAGAGUCAUGAAGUAGUGGGCCCCUGAUGGCAACUCACCAAUACUUUGAUGCUGCGCUCGUUUCUAUUGCCGCAUGCUACCGGAAACUAAUAAUCAUGGGAAAAGGAACGGAGGACAUCACCAACUACCCAACACAAGACUCACGUACCUGGAUAUACCCAACAUCCAUGCCGUGAGAGAGAGUUUUGAGAGUCUCAAGACUCUCUGCCUCUCUUCUACCAGUGACAAGUGGUCUCAGCACUUGAAAACACUCAGUGGCUCAAUUACAUCAGCCUCAUUCUCAAGGGUGCCACGAUGAUUGCCGGUGUCUGAAGCUCCGCAAGGAAAUGUCCUCAUUCACUGCAGAUGAUGGCUGGGACAGGACAUCCCAACUCACCUCCCUCUCCCAGUCUACUGAUGACCCUUACUUCAGAACAGUGGAGGGCUUCAAUGUUCUGAUUGAGAAGGAGUGGCUCUCAUUUGGACAUAAGUUCCAGCAGCGACUAGGCCACCCUCUCCUGCCUCAUGAACGAUCACCCAUCUUCCUCAGUUCCUGGAUUGUGUACAUCAGAUUAUGUGGCAGUAUCCUAAUGCCUUUGAGUUCAAUGAUUCACUGCUGUUGA